GAGCUCCGCGUGGUCAGUUGGCUAGUUGGUGUGACUGUAACAAGAAAGAGAAAGGAUCCAUAAGCCAGGAUAUAAAGAACAAUGGCACUCUUCCGUUUCAGUCCAAAACGUUGUUUGGAACUUCAGAAACUAAGUUCGACCUUAUUCGCAAGAUCGUUAAGCGAUGCCUCUACCGAUCUGAAAAAAGUACUAGCUGACAAGAUCCCAAAAGAACAGGAGCGUAUUAAAGCCUUCCGUAAGCAACAUGGGGCCACCAAAGUUGGAGAUGUCACCGUGGACAUGAUGUACGGUGGCAUGCGUGGAAUUAAAGGAUUGGUAUGGGAACCAUCAGUCCUGGACCCUGAAGAAGGUAUUAGAUUCCGUGGAAAAUCAAUUCCCGAGUGCCAAAAACUCCUGCCGAAGGCUCCAAAGGGCGUGGAACCACUUCCGGAAGGUCUAUUCUGGCUCCUGAUUACCGGCGACGUUCCCUCCGAUGCCCAAACGAAAGCACUGUCGCAGGAAUGGGCUUCACGAAGCGUACUACCCGAUCACGUACUCAAAGUUUUGAACAGUUUCCCCAAGUCACUUCAUCCCAUGACCCAAUUCUCUGCCGCCAUCACUCUCUUGAACAGCGAGAGUGAAUUCGUGAAGGCUUACACGAAAGGUGUUCACAAAACCAAAUAUUGGGAAACUGUUUUUGAAGAUUCGAUGAAUUUAAUCGCUAAAUUGCCUGUAGUGGCUGCCACGAUAUACAGAAACCUUUACAAAGAUGGCAAAGGCUUAGGUUCCGUAGAUGCAAGCAAAGAUUGGUCUUGGAAUUUUGCGAACAUGCUUGGUUACGAUAAUCCACAAUUCAUCGAACUUAUGCGCUUGUACCUAACGAUACACUCUGACCACGAAGGUGGAAAUGUGUCUGCACACACCACUCACUUGGUGGGUUCAGCAUUGUCUGAUCCUUAUCUCUCCUUUGCUGCUGGUAUGAACGGUUUGGCUGGACCUCUCCAUGGUCUUGCUAAUCAAGAGGUGCUGGUAUGGCUAGAAAAGCUGCGCUCUCAGGUUGGAGAUAGCCCCAGUGAUGAUAAGCUCAAGGACUUCAUCUGGAACACGCUCAAAAGCGGUCAAGUCGUUCCUGGAUACGGUCAUGCUGUACUCAGAAAGACUGACCCUAGAUAUACAUGCCAGAGAGAGUUCGCUUUGAAACAUUUACCGGAUGACAAAUUAUUCAAGCUCGUUGCUCAAGUAUACAAGAUAGUUCCUCCCAUCCUUUUGGAAACCGGUAAGGUAAAGAACCCAUGGCCGAAUGUAGAUGCUCAUUCAGGAGUUUUGUUGCAAUAUUAUGGAAUGAAAGAGAUGAAUUAUUAUACCGUCCUGUUUGGAGUAUCGCGUGCUCUUGGUGUGCUCGCGGCUCUUGUCUGGGACCGUGGACGGGAUCAAGAUUAA